CUUACAUGAUAUCACGGUGUCACUAAUAUUUUUUUCUCAUUGAUGCUCGCGUGCCUUGGAUGUCUAUCACACCUGCUUCAUCAUGGCUGGAUUUUUCAGAUCGCUGUGGAGGUAUAGGGAUUACAUCGUGAUUGUUCUGACGCCUAUCCUGCUUCUGCCGCUGCCACUGGUCAUCCCGACUUCAGAAGCAAAAUGUGGCUAUGUGAUAAUCCUCAUGGCACUGUACUGGUGCACAGAGUGUAUCCCCCUGGCUGUGACCGCCCUCCUGCCCGUCAUCCUCUACCCCAUGAUGGGCAUCAUGGAAGCAAGCGAGGUUUGUAUCCAGUACCUGAAAGACUCCAACAUGCUCUUCAUCGGUGGCCUGCUGGUGGCUAUAGCUGUUGAGCACUGGAACCUACACAAGAGAAUCGCCCUAAAAGUCCUGCUCAUUGUUGGGGUGAAGCCAUCGCUGCUGAUGAUUGGCUUCAUGAGCACCACAGCCUUUCUGUCCAUGUGGAUCAGUAACACGGCGUCUACAGCCAUGAUGCUGCCCAUCGCCAACGCCGUGCUGCAGCAGCUGUCUGACACGGAAGCCAGAUCGGAAGAGAGGGAAAUGAUCGAGGGUGUGGACAACCAUGGCAUUGAAAUUAACGAAUACGUAGAAAUUAACGACAAAGUAAAAGGAAACACCGAUGAGGAUUACACCAAAGACUUAAAGGAGUUCAAAGAGAAUAAUGUCACUUCAAGUCCCGGCUCUGACCCUGCAGAGGUCCGUGACAGGAGUCCAGAGCAUGAGCAGCGACGACUCAAGAGGGAGGAGCGAUAUCUGAAGCUGUCGAAAGGCAUGAGCCUGUGUGUGUGUUAUGCCGCCAGCAUCGGCGGGACGGCCACCCUCACCGGAACCACGCCCAAUGUCAUCCUCAUGGGCCAGAUGAAUGAACUCUUUCCAGGAAAUGGAGGAAUAAUCAAUUUUGCAAGUUGGUUCGGUUUCGCCUUCCCCAACAUGUUGCUAAUGCUCAUUCUGUCUUGGCUGUGGCUGCAGAUCAUCUUUUUGGGUUUCAACAUGAAAAAGUCGUUUGGAUGUGGCACAAACAAUGCCAGUGACAGGGAAGCUUAUCAGGUGAUCAAGGACGAGUACAAGAGUUUGGGCCCGAUGAGCUUCGCCGAGGGCUGCGUGCUGUUUAACUUUACGUUGCUUGUGCUUCUGUGGUUCACAAGGGAGCCUGGGUUCAUUCCAGGCUGGGCAACUGUGCUCUUCAACCAAGAAAAGACGUAUGUUACAGAUGGAACUGUGGCCAUAUUUAUGUCAACUCUGUUCUUCUGCAUCCCAUCGAAAAUACCCACAUGCUCGGGGAGGUCCCGGGACGAUGCACCCGCCGAAGCUCCUACAGCUCUGCUUACGUGGGAUGUCGUCCAUGAAAAGUUUCCUUGGAACAUCCUCUUACUUCUGGGCGGAGGUUUUGCAUUGGCCCACGGAAGUGAGAAAUCUGGACUUUCUAGUUGGAUGGGGGAAAUGCUGGUGCCACUGGAGAGCAUCCCUCCUUUUGCCAUCUCCAUCGUGCUUUGUCUGCUGGUGGCCAUGUUCACCGAAUGUUCCAGUAACACCGCCACCACCACACUCUUUCUGCCCAUACUGGCCUCCAUGUCGACUGCCAUUCAGAUCCACCCGCUGUACGUCAUGUUUCCCUGCACCAUCUCUGCCUCGCUGGCCUUUAUGCUGCCCGUGGCCACUCCACCUAAUGCCAUUGCCUUCUCUUAUGGCAACCUGAAAGUUAUUGACAUGGCCAAGACUGGAUUCAUUCUGAACUUUGUUGGAGUCAUAACCGUCAACAUUGCCAUUAACACAUGGGGUGUGGCGAUGUUCGAUCUCAACACCGUUCCCUCUUGGAUUAAUGGCACUGCAACUCCCUGAAAACGCAGGAGGAAAAUAGGGAAAUGAACAAUAUCUGCUUAUUUAUCAGGAUUCCACCACUGGAGGACUUGGCUAGCAGGUGUUUUACUAUUUUAUAUUAGAUGCUCCCAUUUAUAUUUCAGCCAGUGUAGCCUGAUGUUCACCUAGGCCUGUCCUUGAAGGCUGAUACAAGCUUCUUCUCUGCAGCUUUCUGUCUUACAUCGUGCCUCACAAUGUGACAGGGCUCAGAAAACCAGCUGCAGACAAAGGAGCACCUCCUGUUCAUGUGUUGACUGAACUGAGGUUAAGUUUCUUUUUUGAUAAAUCAUCUCGUGGAGUCAAAAAAACAACAGACCAGAACUUGUGAUUUUUAUUCACUCUCAAGACGUUAAAACAAUUGUUCUUACAUGAAAAAAAAAAACUUAGCUUUCUGUAUAAAAAAAAAAAAAAAUGUUGUUUGGUGUUGUGAGUUCAUAGCAUUUGUAAUAAAGCGUUACUCUUUACUAAUAUAAUAAAUGUUAUCAAAAAAAUGGUUGUGAUGAUAUUAAAGGGAUAUUUCUGUCUUUUGAAGAAUAGUUCUAUGAGGUCUUAUACACAGCUGACUGCACUGUGCAUGCCCUCAGAAUUAAGGAUUUGAAACACAGAAGUCAUAAAAUAACACAUUUGAACUUACAGUCAUGCAAAAUGAACUUUGGUUCUGGAUAAGCUAGAAUCUCCUUGUCUUCCUUGGUGUGCUCGGUGAAGUCAGUGCUGAUAAUAUGUCAGUAUUUUACACAAGCACACCUCAAAAACCCCAAACCGACCCUUUAAACUUUUGGACAGGUACAUGAAGUGUUUUUUGAUAUUGAUUAAAGUCUUUGGUUGGGGUUGGUAUAUCUGCUACAUUCCACAGGAGGUCAAAAGAGUAAGCAGAUAUAAAAUCAAAAAGGUUUCUGUUGAAUGCAGAGACCGUUCCUCCGGUAAAGACUGAAAAGCGGCAUCACACAAAGCUGUCACUCUCUCUUUUGUUUGCACGUUGGGUGUCCUUUCCUCUCGCAGCUAAGUCAUGUAUACAUUACAUUAUCCUCUGCCUCACUGUCGAUUCCUGUAGAUAUUUAACUGUAUGUGACGUAAGUAUCGCCUGUAAUUAUCAUACUUCACCA